AUGUCAGAAAUCAACCCGGACCCAAGCUCCACUGAGGCAUCCACCACCUCGCCCGCCAAAACAGAAGAAACCCAAAAAGACUCCGCUCCUGCUGCUACUAGCUACACCGAGAUGGCUUCUAACGCCGCUGGAUCAGCUACCACUGCUGCCGCCGGGGUCAAGGACAGCGUAUUCAGUAUGUUCGGUGGCGGGGCCAAGAAGGAGAAGAAAGAGGAGCCGGACGGCGAGACUGAGGACAGGAGUGGAAGUUCCAAAGCCAAGAAAGAUGCGGAGGCUGCUGAGGCGGAUGAGGGUGGGGAGGACGACGCCCCCGACUCCCCAGAUGUCCACUUCGAGCCUGUCGUGCACUUGACCGAAAAGGUAGAGACCAAGACGAAUGAGGAGGCUGAGGAGCAGACAUUCAAGAUGCGCGCCAAGCUGUUCAAGUUCGAUCGUGAGAGUCGGGAGUGGAAAGAGCGUGGAACGGGGGACGUGAGGUUGCUGAAGCAUAGGGAGAACAAGAAGACCAGACUGGUUAUGAGGCGGGAUAAGACUCUGAAAGUCUGUGCGAAUCACUACGUCGUGCCAGACAUGAAGCUCUCUCCCAACGUGGGCAGUGACCGAAGUUGGGUCUGGAACGCAGCUGCCGAUGUCAGUGAGGGGGAGCCUGAGCCCCAGACUCUGGCUAUUCGGUUUGCCAACAGCGAGAAUGCCAACCUCUUCAAGGAAGCAUUCAUCAAGGCCCAACAAGAGAACGAGGCGCUGUUCACCAAGGGCGCCGUGGAGUAG